GUAUGAUGGAGAUGGAGUAUGGAGACUUCAAAAUCUUCACGUCAAAAUUUCUGAUCUGAAAUCUGAAAUGACAUUACCUGUUAACCAAAAAUAAAUCGUAAUUCUACGGAUUUAUUCAGUUUAAUUCGCAAUUUAUUGUAUGUUCGGUGUGUUUGAAUAAAACACAAAAUGUCGUUUGUGUUUCGAAAGCCGAAAAAAAUUCAACGUCGAAUGUUUUGCGCUGAUGAUGAUGAGGAUGGGGAACCAGAAGCACCGCCGCCGCCAGUCAUCAGCCAAGAAAAGGAGAAAGAGAAGAAAGAAGUAAAAUCUGUGAAGAGUACAACUCUAUUGAGUUUCGCUGACGAAGAGGAAGAAGGAGAAGUGUUCAAAGUGAAGAAGUCAUCUCAAAGUAAGAGACUGGCUAAGAAGAGAGAGAAAGAGAAACAGAAGAAUGUGAGAACAGAUGGUGAUAGUAACAAAUAUGAGAGUAGCAUGCUGGAGGAAAAGAACAACCACACAGAGGAGAAUAGUGAGAAACCGAAACCUGGGAAGAAGAAGGUCACGUUAGAGGGGCUGAUACUGUCCGGACGGGAGGCACUUGCGGCCGACGGGGCGGGAGACGUGUCUGACGACAGCGCAGACGCGGACGAGGAGGCUGAGGAGGACGAAAGGGGGUUCCAUCGGUACCGCGCGGAGUCCGUGAGGGCUGCGCUCUUGGGGGCGCCGGGCCGCAUACCCGACGCCGCGCUCAUCCACGCCGCACGCAAGACCAGACAGCAGGCUCGCGAAUUAGGCGGAGACUAUAUUCCGGUGAAGCCGUCAGAGUCGGGGCCUGGGUCCCGGCUGGUCAGAGAUGACGGCUCCGGUGACGAUGAGGAGGAGGGCAGAAUACUUGUCAGGGGGCUGGACCUGCCAAGUGAUAAGCCCAAACGUGGCACGGCAGCGGUUUCUGAAGAGGAACUGGACAGCGAGGCUGAGGAGUGGGAGGAGCAACAGUUGCAGAAAGCCAGGCCUGUCAUCGCGGAUCUGACUGGUGAGAGUGUUAUGGACGUGAAUCCGUUCUCGGUAGCUCUGCCGGCGCCUCAGAUGUCGGCGCCGGAACACUUGCGACCUCUGACGACUACGGGCACACAACCACCAUCGACCGCUAACGAACUUGUAGAUGCACUUAAGAAUAGGUUAGAAGAGCUUCAAGUCGAAAGAGACAUAACGUCAAAUACGCAGAAAGAGCUGAAGGAGAGGUUGUUGACCUCGGCUCGGAUACGGGAGAGUCGGGCGUCGCGCUGCGGGGAACUGGACGCUGCCUACAGGAGGGCGCAGGCUAUACGCGGGUACCUUACCGACCUUAUCGAGUGCCUUGAUGAGAAGUUGGAGGCGUUGGAGGCCCGAGCACUAGCGCUCCACAAGCGACGCUGCGAGUUCCUCAUCGAGAGACGACGCGCCGACCUGCGCGACCAGGCGCAGGACGUACUCGCGCCGCCAGGUCGGGCGACAAAGGGGACGGAGAACGAAGAGAAGACGCGUCGUGCAGCGGAGCGCGAGGGCCGGCGGCGCGCGCGCAGACUGCGGCGGGAGGCCUGCGCCGCCGCCGCCGGCGCGCUCAUACCGCACCGCGACGGAGACUCCUCCGACGACGACCUGCCCCCGCGGGAACUGCAUCACUACGCGCAGGAGAGAGAGUCGAUCCGCGCGGCAAGUAGCUUAGUAUUCAGCGACGCGCUGUCUGCGUGGCGCAGCGCGGCGGGCGUGGUGAGUCGCCUGGCGGGCUGGCGCGCGCGCAGCCCCGCGCUCUAUGCAGACGCGUACGUCGCCGACUGUCUGCCCAAACUCAUCGCGCCGUACGUACGACACGAGUUAAUCCUCUGGAACCCGCUCGCAGACGAAGACAAUGAAGACUACGAGAAGAUGGAUUGGUACAAAUCUCUUAUGAUGUACGGCGUUCGGUCGGAGCGUUCUGGCCAGGACUCCUCGGAGUCAGCAUCGGAUGGAGAGAUCGAGCCAGUCCCAGUUACUGAGGCGGCAGUGAGGGAGGACCCUGAUCUCAUGCUCGUGCCUACCAUCAUCAGCAGGGUUGUGCUGCCCAAACUCACUGAGUUGGUGUCGAGUGCGUGGGACCCGAUGUGCGUGCGCGCGUGCGUGCGCCUGCGCGCGCUGGUGCUGCGCGGCGCGCGCGUGCCGGCCGCGCAGCCCGCGCUGCGCCGCCUGGCCGCCGCCAUACGCGCGCGCCUCUCACAAGCACUCGCCGCAGACGUCUUCCUACCAACCUUACCGCCCGCAAUACUGGAGGGAUCUGGCGCGGUGUUCUGGCGGCGCUGCCUGGGCGCGGGCGUGCGCCUGUUGCGCGCCGCGCUGUGUCUGGCCGCGCCGCCCGCGCUACUACGCGCCGACCCUCUCGUACUCGCGCUCAUUGGUAACAGAGACGGGUGGAGAAACCAUCUUGGGUGUGCUCGCCCUGUCCAGAAGUUUGCUGCGUGCAAUUGUCACUCCAACCCUAUCACCACUGUUAGGGAGACUAUCACUGGACCCAGGGUACACUACGAGGAGGUCUUCUGGCUCAAGACGCUGUGCACGGGCGCGGGCGCGGCGGGCGGGCCGCAGCAGGCGCGCGCGGCCGCCGCGCUGGCCGCCACGCUGCCGCGCGCGCCGCACCAUCUGCGCACGCUCGCGCUGCGCCGCCUCGCGCGCCUCGCCACGCUCGCCCUGCAGCGGCUCGACACCGACAACCCCUUGCAUCUGAAAGCGAUAGAACAAGCGAGGGCAGUAAUCGCAGAAGCACGCGCAGUUGAAUGACACAAAGACAGUUCCACAACCCACACUAGGUGGCAGGCAAUUUGACGUCACGACGCUUCGUGGUCAUAAUAUAAUACUCUACAAUCCAUUUUGAAUCAGAGUAACUGGCUAAUUAUGUACACUGGCUGGAUAAAGUCAAAAAUUUAGAUGGAUAUACAUCUCCAUAUAAAGAUCGGUUAUUCUCCACAAGGUUCUCAUGAGUAUGGGGGAAAUAUUCGGUGCACCCAGGAUGUGCCCCCUGUACCUGGGUAAGUGAAUUUGUAACUAGAGUUCCCAACUUGAGGGUCCACCGGUCCCGCGCUCAUAACUGUCACUACAAGAUAUACAUCUAAAUUUUUAAAUAAAAUAAAAUCAGUUUAAUAUCAGCUGUAAUACCAAAAAGUUGUCAGAAAGCCAGUGACAAGACAAAAAUAAUUUCAGAAAUAAAAUGUACAUGGUGCUAACCAAUAAUGGAAAGUGUUGGUAAUAAAUAAGUAAAGAUUUUAACAUUUCAAGUAUUAGAUAUAGAAGACCUCUCUAGGUCCCUUAUCGAAUGUAAUCUGUGAGUCAGAAAUGUCAAUUUAUAACAAUAAAAUAAGUCUCAAUGGCAUUUUGUUUCGCAUGUAGUUAAAUUAAUUAAUUAUAAUAUUAUUUACAGUAUACGGUUAAGGUAUGAUUAGACUACAACACUAUACACUCUGUGUAUAUAUCGAAUGUCUCUGGAUGAAUACGGGUGUCUAUAAUUCAAAAGUGUAUUGUGACACGAGAUUUUUGACACCUGAUGGUAAGCAAUUGGUGCCGCCCAUGGACACCUGAAACACUAAGGCGUUACAGUGCGUUUCCGGUCUUUUGGAAAUUGUGAAUUUGAGAAUUGUGGGGGAUUCGGGGUUUGGGGAGACUGGGGACGGGGGUAAUUGGGCCUCCGGUAACCUCAAUCACACGACGAAACACAAAACGCAAGCGUUGUUUCACGUCGGUUUUCUGUGAGGCUGUGGUAUCACUUCGGUCGAGCCGGCCCAUUCGUGCCGAAACAUAGCUCUCCCACACUUUUUAUAAUAAUUAGUGUCGCAUUAUUCGCCAUCUUGCCAUCCGUAUAGCGUAAACAGCUUUGUGUCGUAGUAUAAACAUACCUUUAAAUUGUGUUACACAUAUUUCAAGUUAGUUCUGUUACCAAAUCAAUAUGAUUAGUAAUUCUGCUACUGAACUGAAACAAACUAUAAGUGCACCGUAUGUAGUAUGUACAGAGGCCAGGAGAUCAACCUCCUUCAAUCUGUCAAAUUUAUUCAUUAGAUUUUCGUCUUUAUGUCAAUACAAUAAAGUUGAAAUGUAUUCAAGAAAUUUGAAAGGAUUUUUUUUAAGAGGCGAAAAUCAUCGAAUAUCUUCUCUCGCCUGGAUGAGGCGGGAGGGAGUGUCAGACUCUUACCGACUAAAAACCAUCCCGUUCCUACUCCUACCCUUCGAGCCGGAGCCCCGGUAACCUGUUAAGAUCUCUGCGGCAGCGACAGGAAAGGAUAGACCUGCUGACCACUGUGUAUUUACAAUAUUUCAUCACAAUAUUACAAAAGAAAAAAAAGUUUUGUUUGUAUCCUAUUCUUUGACUUGUGUCAUUUUGGCCAUUGGGCAUUGGGCCAAUCUUUUCCAUCCUGCAUAUUAUCCCACCAUGAAUAAAAAAAUGCUAAAUUGGUUUUUAAUUUUCCUUCCUGUAUGGGAGGUGAUGAAUGGAGUAUGUAAUAAUAAUAUGUAUAUGAUUUACUUUCGAUGAGAAAAUGAUUUUAGUCUAUGGACUUGUUAAAAUUACAUUAUUUACGUCUAGCAAACAAAAUCAUGUCAAUAAAAAUAAAAACUAUUUUGAUUUAUCCGUAAAUAGGUCAUUAAAUAUGUAACAUUAUGAAUAUAAUAGUUUUUGUGUUACACGAAGUGUCUCAACAGUCUCAAUGCCUUCAGGUUUCUUGCAAUGAUAAAAAUAUCUAAUUGUAAUAUAUGAUAAGAAUAGUGGUUGCUGUCACAGCAUGGUCAUUGUGAAUGAUUUAAUGUACUUAUUUAUGUAUACUUUGUAUAUAAGUAACUUAAUUCAUUUGUAUGAGAUUCUCAACAAGUAUGAAAAUAAAUGAUAUGGGUACGUAUGCGGC